CUUAAAAAAACACUGUGAUAGUGAGAUCAUUUUUCCUUCUUUUUUCCUGAAAUUCGUGCUCCCUCCUCAAGUGUUUCCUCUUUUCUAGCUAACAAUGACUUUUCACUUUAGCUUUCUUGAAGCCCUUCAAGCUACGAACCCAGAGUAUUAACCGCUUCAAUUCUUUGUAAUUUUCUUUUAGAUUUUUGGUGAAGUCUCUUGCCUUAGCUCUGAGCUGAGCUUCAUGAAGUUGGUGAUGAUGGUGUUGUGAAAAUGUUAAAAAUGGGACCUUUACUUCUGAUGCAACAUAUAUAACUAACAUCGCUGUCAAAUAUACAUGGCUCAUGCUCACGGCAAUGGUAAAAAUGACAAACAAAAUGUCAGUAUUAAUGCCGGUGGUGAUACUGAAGGAAAGCCCACUACUUUUCAUGAUUUUCUUGGUAACAAGGGCCAAGGCCAAGAAUCUGCUCCGCCGGUCGUUGGCGGUGGCCGGAAGCCGCCAGAAGUGUCGCCGUCUGCUACUUCUGAUCUGGGUUCUGAAAGAAACAUCAGUAAUCAUUUGGAAGGGAUACCAUUUUAUGGAUCAAGAGGCGAUAUUACAGGGCCUGAAAGUAGUAACAGAUUCACAGGGAAUAAACGAAGCAACUCUGAUUCUUUUAUGAUGUCGUCAAGAGAUAAAUUUCCACAAGGCCAAGGAGAUUCACAAGACAGCCCGCUUUUGACUAAGCUGCUGCGAUAUUCAGGGGGAGAGCGACUGAGACGGACGCAUGACGAGGAAACAUCCUUUUGUAUGCAUCAAAUGCGGCCAAUUUCAGCCUCUUUUAUAUCUCAAUCUUCAACUGGUGGUAGAACUGAUAUGAACCCUUCCAAAUGGGAUAGAGCUACAGCUGUAAAUCCUGGCCCAGUGUUGCAUUACCCUCCACGUAGUGGUCAGGGCAUGCCAUUUGGCUAUCAAACCCCAUCGAAUAGGUUUAAAGACACGAAUGUAGGCCCUUCUCUCAUAUCUCAGACAGCAGCUGAUGAAGGAUCUAGGACCGGGAUUAAAGGAUCUAGAAUUUUGAGCUCAAUCAACGCAACUGGAGCUAUCUCUGGGAGACAGCCUGCAGGGGUGCUCAUACGCAGUGGUAAACAGAAGUCCGGUGUUUGCAUUUCUGAACCAGAGUCUUCUACUACGCACAGUCAGCGUGGAACAGAAUCCUCUGGUCGUCAAAUGACUAUAUUCUAUGGCGGUCAAGCACAUGUUUUUGACAAUGUUCAUCCAAAUAAGGCAGACGUUAUAAUGGCCUUAGCCGGAUCAAAUGGAGGUUCUUGGUCUACAACCUAUAAGCCUAACUUGGCAGCUAAGCCAUCCUCUGGAGAAAACCGCAUGCCUAGUGGUGGUGACAAUGAUGCGGGCAUUGCUAUAUUGCGGGAGUUGCAUGGGAGACCGUCCGACAAAGGGGAGACACACCGAGGUUUCAGCUCUGGUGAUUGAGGACCUGAGGUUCUCAACUACUAGCCGCUCAUCAUGGAGGCCUGAUUUCCAGAAUCGUGCAUUCAAGUUUCUUGCAACGAUUUUCUCGAUAUGCUGCGAGUGCAAGAGUAAGAGUACUUCAAGCAGCCAAACUCGGUGCCGGAGGAAUGUUGAUUCAGUAUAGGUUUGAGCUUAAACUUGGGGCCGUAGAGCCAACAAAUUUUUAUUUAUGUCCUCACUCUACCAACCCAUUGAAGAAAUUAAGUUAUUCC